UUAAAAAACUGAAACUCAAAAAUUCCGCCCCGCCAAUUCGCCAAACGAGGAGGAGCGAAAGGUAGAGGAGCAAUGAAGGAAUACCAAACAGCACCACAAAAGGAACACUCGCGAUCUUCAGAGAUCUCCGGUCGCCGAUCCAAAGAGUCUCAUUCGAGAAAACCGUCGAAGAUCUUGAAAAAGAGCUUUAAUCCUGAGUUUACGAAGGUUUAUGAUGAUGUUCUCUCUCAGAUUACUGACGAACCGGUCGAUUUCUCUUCAGUUUCUGAGAUUUCCGAUUCUAACUAUACCGGUGACCUUACAGACAACUUUGUUCUGUCCAGUGAACCACCUCUUUUAGCUUUAUCAGAAACUUCUACACUCUCCAAUAUCACUCCGUGUACAAAGUUUUGCGCUGUCAGUGAGGAUGGAAAGAUUAGUGGUUCAAAGGUUGGCUCAGCAGAGGUGGAGACCAUGUCAAAACUUCUUAGUCAAGUGGAUCCGAAGUCUAUUGAUUUGGAUUUCCAAUCCAGGAAGCUCAUAGAUGCAUUGACUGAGGCUGUUUUACAUGAGAUUUAUGGUAAGCCUGAAGAGCGAGAUUUGGUUGCUAAGGUUGUUUCCAUGAGAAGAUCUGUUGUGUUGGUCUGCUUCUUCCUCUGGAUCCUUGUAGUCCUGAUGAUUUUGCUACUCAGUUCAGAAAGCCACGACACUUUUCAUGGACAUGUUCCAACUUGAAGGAGUUCAUGGAGGAGCGUCCAUCCGCUAACAGAUCAUAUGAGAGGUACAUUAUUUGGAUACAUCACUUAGUUGCUUUUGGCUUUUCUUCUUUUGAGAUCCAGGUGAAUUUUUAUGAUUAUGUUUGAAUUAUGCUAAUGAGAUUAUAAAGUCUUGCUUUGACU